AUGAAAGGUAAUGUUAAUGAAGAAGACAGUUUUGACCUCGAAGCUACAAAGUAUAUGUAUUUGAGACCUGCUUUCUGUUUAGCUCACGUUUUCUUUGACGACGCUUUUAAACUGGAAAAGACUGGAAAGCAUCGAGACCUGAAUGAUCAUGCCUGUACUUUCAUCGAAGUAGUUAAAAAAGCUGGAAGAUCAGUAUAUAAUGAAAGUCUUGAAAUUAAAGAUUAUAAAAAAGAACGUACGCCAUAUGGCGCUAGGCUUACAUGGACACUCCCUGGUGAAAAUAGUUUGGUUUUACAUUUGAAGAAUAAGCGGAAAAUACGACAUAAAAAAAGAUGGAGUCAGGUUAUGUAUAUGUAUUAUAUUCUUAAAUGGAAAUUGGAACAAGAAGUGAAGAAAAAUAUGAGAUUUAAGGAAUCAGAAAUGCUGAAAUUGGCAGAACAUUCCUACAUUUUGGCUCUUGACGGAGAUGUCGAUUUUGAACCGGAAGCGGUCCUUAGUUUAGUGCGACGGAUGAAAAAAUCACAUCUGGUUGGAGCAGCUUGUGGAAGAAUUCAUCCAAUAGGAUCAGGUCCAAUGGUGUGGUACCAGAAGUUUGAAUAUGCAAUAAGUCAUUGGUUGCAAAAGGCAACAGAACAUGUUACUGGGUGUGUACUUUGUAGCCCUGGUUGCUUUAGUUUAUUCCGUGGGGCUGCAAUUAUAGAUCCUGAUGUGCUAGAAACUUAUACAACUGUAUCGACAGAACCAAAAGAUUAUAUACAAUAUGACCAAGGAGAAGACAGGUGGUUAUGCACACUUUUACUGAAGCAAGGUUGGAAAGUCGAAUAUUGUGCAGAAUCUGAUUCUUACACAUAUGCACCAGAGGGAUUUUAUGAUUUUUUUAAACAACGACGCCGCUGGACACCUUCUACAAUGGCAAACAUACUUGAUCUUUUACUCGAUUACAAAAAUGUUACGAAGAACGAAAAUAUAUCUUCUCUUUAUAUCCUCUACCAAGCAUUGCUUUUUGGUUCAACGUUAUUGACACCAGGAACAAUCUUCAUGAUUAUACUAGGAGCAAUUCUAGUGGGAUUUGGAUCCAUUCCACCUUGGCUUGCUCUGAUUCUGAAUCUAAUUCCAGUGAUUUUAUUUCUGCUUAUGUGCUUAUAUGCAUCUUCAGAAAGACAGCUUCAGUUUGCAGCCGUUCUUUCCUGUAUAUAUGCUGUAGUGAUGUUGAUUGUACUUAUUGGCGUCAUUAGGGAUGCCGUAGAAGAGGGAUUUUGUUCAACUACUACAAUAUUUAUUAUGUUUGUUGUUGGUGUAUUUGUUGUAUCUGCUUUACUCCAUCCAAAGGAAUUUCUCUGCUUGCUGCCUGGUAUCUUGUAUUUUGUGGCGAUUCCAUCUAUGUCUAUGCUUAUGUUUUUGUACUCUAUCGCCAACCUGCAUGAUGUAUCUUGGGGAACACGAGAAAGCACCAAGGAAAGUACAUCUAAGAAUAAAAAAUCCGAAAGAACAAAAAAUGAAGAAAAAGGAUACUUUUGUAAAUUUGGUAGUUUCAUGAGUUGCAUUCUCUGUCCAACUAAUGAUUACACAAAGGAAGACCUCAUUCAUAAUAAUUUGCUCAAUAAAAUUGACAAGAUCAGCGAAAUAAACAGAAGCAGCAAUGUGACUACGAAUAAACCUGUGAGUGGAAAUGCUUCUAACCAAGAAUUAAAUUCUCAACCAUUAUCUUGCAAAAGCACAGAUGAAAUUCAAUCAGCUAAACAAACAUUUCAAAAUGGAAGCGAAAUAAAUGAAAAUCCGAAUGUUGUCAUAAGUGAAAGUCAAUCCACAGAUCAAGCAUCUCUCGCUGAAAACCAGACAAAUGGAAAUCGAAGCGAUAUCAUAGGUGAAAGUCAGUCGGUAAAACAAACAUCUCAAACUGGAAACGAGACAAAACAAGACACAAAAGAUAUCAAAGGGGAUGAAAGUCAGAAAACUGAACAAGUAUCUCAAACAGAAAACGAGACAAAUGGAGGAACGACAGUUACACCAGGAAAAUUAGAAUCUAUCCCCUUUUCUCAAAAAGAAGGUCAACCGAUUGAUUCGGAAGAAAUAACAUUUUGGAAGGAAACUAUCGAAAAUUAUCUUAAACCGCUGAAAACGAACAAAAAAAAAGAUGACAUCAAUAAAAAGAAAUUAAUUGAGUUAAGAAACAAAGUGUGUCUAGCUGUUUACAUGCUAAAUGCUUUCCUUGUGACUAUUAUGUUUUCUCUGACGCAGGUAGACUCCUUUACGGAAUCGUUGUCUAUUCAAUUCGACUGUGGCGGUACUCGUACUCCAAUUGUACCAAUAGCUGUUCUCUUUGCAGUCGUAUUUGGUUUUCUUCUUCUCAUCCAGUUUUUGUGCAUGCUUUACCAUCGAUUUUCUACACUUGUGCAUAUCGCAGCGACAACAAAUAUCAAUGGAUCAGAUGAUCUAAAACAACAAGAAGUUGUGAGACAAUUGGUGGAACAACUUACGGGCAAACCAAAAGUCGCUAAAUCAACAACCGAUAAAGGCAGACACUUACUCGAAAGAAACAGAACGAUGAUAGAAGCACAUAGAGAACAAGUUGAUAAUAUUAAGAUGCUUUUCUUACUGAAUAUUAUAAGGAGACCCAAUUUAGAAUCAAAAUAUUUCAAGAAAUGGAGAUCCUAUGUGGAAAAUAAAAUGAACGCAAAAGAUAUGAAACAAAGCUGCUGCGAAGGUGUGUUGGCAUGUAGAGGAUCAACAGUGAGUCCCAGUAACGAAACGUAA